ACUCAAAUUAUAGGAAAGCAAAUUUACAUUGUGCUCCCCCACUCCCCUUUGUUUACAUUGAAAUACCCUUUUCACCGCAUUCCUCUCUCUCUCUCUGUAACCCUCUUUUGCGCUCCUCUGUCUCUCACUCACUCUCUCCAAGAUCGGAAAUCCUCAGUGAUCUAAUCGUCGCGAAAAGCUUCAGUGAGCGAGAAAAAUGGGUCAGAUCCAGUACUCCGAUAAGUACUUCGAUGAUACUUACGAGUAUCGUCAUGUGGUGCUGCCUCCUGAAGUGGCCAAAUUGCUUCCCAAGAAUCGUCUUCUCUCUGAAAACGAGUGGCGUGCAAUUGGGGUUCAGCAGAGCCGUGGAUGGGUCCACUAUGCAAUUCACCGUCCCGAGCCACACAUCAUGCUCUUCAGGAGGCCUCUGAACUAUCAGCAGCAGCAGGAGAAUCAGGCCCAGCAGAACAUGCUUGCCAAGUGAUCUUUUUCACUUAGUUCGCUUUUAAUCUCUAGAAGUGAAAUGAAUGGUUUGUAGGGUUUCUGUUUGGAUAAAAGAAAAAUAUUUUGGAUGUUUGGAACUUGGCUAUGUAAUGUUAAUUCUCCUGUUUGGGGAAUUUUAUACUUGUCUUUGGUACUGCAUAGAAAUAUGUUAGUUUUACCUCUGGUGUACCAUGCUUACCUAAGGUGUUCUUUUGGAUGUGGAUUUUAGCUUUUAAUGGUGGAUUUUGAUUGAUGGUGUUGCUUUUA